UGAAGAGAAAAUAAAUAAAUAAAUAUUAUUAUUAUUAUUAAUUCGAAUUGACCCAUCAACCUGACAAUCACAGACAACCUCUGGACCUCUAAGCCACACCCUUCAUAGGAGCGUUGAACGUUCAUUGGCGUUCUACCCGCUCGUUCUAUUUCUAUGAGAUCCAUGCACGCGCCUCUGCCCCCCUCCCUCAUCAGCAUCAGCAUCAGCAUCAUCAGAUGCGCGGAGAUCACGCCAAACAGCGCACUGGUUCAUCAGCAGCGAUUGGGCCGUUUUGAUUCCCAGCGGGCGUCAGCAGUCAGUGUGGCCGAAAAGGAGAGAAAUCGGCGAGAUCAUAUUUAAUAUCCGCUUCUCCAGCGUCUGUGGAUGGGCUGCGGACAUCUGCAUCUGCAGUCUCUGUUUUUGAGUCACUAAGAAGAUGGCGGACAGGGCAGAGAUGUUUUCUCUCUCCACCUUCCACUCCCUCUCUCCUCCGGGAUGCAGGCCGGCUCAUGACAUCAGUCUGGAAGAGUUUGAUGAUGAAGAUUUGUCUGAAAUCACAGAUGAUUGUGGCAUAGGCCUCAACUACGACUCUGACCCUUACGAAAAGGACUGCUUAAUUCUAGAAAAGAAUGAUUUCCACCACCCAGUGUGCUCAUUCCAAGAUGACUUCCAAGAGUUUGAGAUGAUCGAUGAUGAAGAUGAUGAGGAAGAAGAAGAGGAUGCAGAUCCUGAUGCCCCUCCCUCACCAUCAGCAUCUCCUCCCCCCUCUCCUAUUCUGGGCACCCUGAAGAGCCGCCCAACCAUUCUAAACCUGACUGCGCCAGUUUCACAGGACUCCCUGAACAACAACAGCAACGUGUCACCACGAAAGUCAAGCUGGCAGGAUUCUCUUCGAAACCCGACUUCACAGGGUUGCUUGUCUCCAAACCACUCUUGCCUUGAGGAUGGUUCCCAUGUAACUACUACGUGCCCGGGGACUCCAGACACCACUGCCUCUGCCAAUGGUACACCCUCAAACCCACCAGGUCAUUGUGGUCUUCAUCAGUCACCUGGAAGGCCGCUGCUGUAUGACUUUGAAGGCAACAGACGAGAGCGACCAGAAUACGGCUCCUUUGGUCAACAUAACUCGUCAAGUGGGUCUGAGGCGAAUGAGGUGAAACCUGAUGUUGAGGAAUCCACUCUAAGUGAGCUUGUUCCCUCAGUGGAUGACUGCACUUCCCAGUGCUCCGACACUGAGGUCGACCAUGACCUGAAUGGUCAUGCCAAACAUCGACCUUGCCGCUCUCGACCCAAUGACACUUAUACUGUGACCACGGAGACCGCUGAUGACCCAGAGCUGGAAAAUGAUGGCACCAGUAGGUGUCUGUCCUCAACCGCACCUCUUGGUAAUGAUGCAGAGACUCCGCUAUCGGAUGAGGAGCUGGACAAAGAGUUUGACAUUGACUUCAUGAGUAAGGAUACCUAUGAUCAAACCUGCAAGGAAGCUGAGGCCUCUUCUUACGUUGAGUUCCCCUGCAUUGAACCAGCUGAGUCAAUUUCUGUCUCUAGCUACGUGUCGUCCAGUCGAUCAGAUGUCCUUGAUGCUAUGGACGAACCUCGAAACAUGCAUCUGGGUCAACCUGCUGCUGCAAAUGACACAACUUCUCCUUCUUCCGAUCCUGGUAUUGCUGAUAUGAAUGUCAAACGCUAUGCAGAGUCAGACCGCCACAGCGAUGACCUUAGCUCUCCUGGAUCAGACUCUGAUAUUGAAGGCGAAAUUGAGGCUGCAUUUGCAUGUGGUCCACUUGCUAGUAACAUGAUUUCCUCUAUCUCGGAGACAGAGCUGGACCUGACCAGUGAAUCUAGCAGCGGGCGUUCCUCGCACCUCACCAAUUCCAUUGAAGAAGCCAGCUCCCCAACCUCAGACCAAGAACUGGACCAGGAGCUGGACCCUGAGCAGGACAGUGGUAUUGUAGGUCUAAAAGCUUCUCUUCUUCUGGGUCAACCUGACCCAAUUAAACAAGAACCUUCAGCAGGUCUAGAUCCCAGCCCAGGCAUGUUACAACUAGAUGAUGGCCAAGCUCUGAUGGGCCUGCAGAAUGUAGAUGACGAACAGGGAUAUGAGCACCAGGCUGAUCCAGACGAGACUCUUCCCCCUGCCGUCCCCUGUGAGGAUAGUGGCUCUCAGCAGCUGUUGUUGAAGAUUGAGCCUGACCACAGUCUUGAAAGCUUCAAACGCUCCUUCUAUUUGCCGGUUGGCCCUAAACUCGUGCCCUCUGUCGACGACUAUGAUGGUAACAGCGAGGGAGUCUCAGAGUCAGAGUCAGAGGACGAGCUCAGUGAAAACUCUGAUUCUCCGUGGCUUCUUAGCAACCUGGUCAACAGGAUGAUCUCAGAAGGCUCCUACCCAAUCAGCUGCCCAGAAGAGUGCCUCAAACGCUCAGCCUCCAUCUCUGACACCAUCUCACCCUCAUCGGACCUGGAAACAGAUACUUUCAAUGAGAUGGAUUUCUGCAAUUUACAAAAGCAGAAAUCUGAAGAAAAGUCACAGGAGGUGACCUCUGAAAAUUCAGAGAUGAGACUGGAUGAAGAGAAGGAGAGAGAAGCCAGCUAUGUAUCUGAAGAGGGACAGAAGGAAAGCAAGAGAACGGACUCUUGUCUGUACAUUAGCAACCCCAUAUAUGGCAACGCUAUACCCAUCUUUACAGAGGAAUUCGAAACGAGGGCAAAGAAUCAUGAAUCGGAGGACUUCCCAUCCCAGAACUCAUUAAAAAACAAGCAGAAAGAAGAAGAGGAGGAGCCAAAUAAUGACUUGAUGAUUGAGAGAAUGAAGGAGCUGGAGUCUCCCAGCUUGAGCGAGAGCAUAAUCAGUGACAAGGACGAGGGACGGGAGACACGGGUCGAUCAGCUCACUUUGCAGCAAAUCACAGAAGUCAAAAACAGCCUUACAUUGGACAUCCCAACAGCACAGACCAAUCACUGUUUCAGUCUUACGUACUCGACAGAUAAUGAUGAAGAUGAGCAAGAUACCUCCCCUUUUCUGGAGGAUCUUCACAAGGAACCUUCACCCUACGGAAAUGAGGCUUACUUGGACAGCUCCCCACCUAUUGAUGAGAGUGUGCGAGAGUUGAGGAACACAACUUCCGACCGGCCCAUCAAUGACUCCUUGGCGUAUGAUUCAAUGAAGUACACCCUAGUGGUGGAUGAAAACACAACCCUUGAACUGGUGAGCCUGAAGCGCUGUACCUCUGUUCUUAGUGAGGACAGUGAUGGACUCUCUACUAUCUGUGAUGAAGAAGUUGUUGAUGAAGAUGAAGACAUUUAUGGGCAGGGUCAGAUGGUAAGAGGCAUGAGACCUGAUUUGCUGUUAAGCUCCUCUGAAGAAGACUCCUCCCCGGAGGCGGAUUUACCUUUCUCAAAGAAGUUCCUCAAUGUGUUUGUCAACAGCACGUCACGGUCCUCCAGCACAGAGUCCUUUGGGCUUUUCUCGUGCACUAUAAAUGGAGAAGAAAGAGAUCAGACUCACAGAGCGGUCUUCAGGUUCAUCCCACGACAUGCAGAUGAGCUGGAGUUAGAUGUUGAUGAUCCAUUAUUUGUUGAGGAAGAGGAGGAUGAUUACUGGUACCGUGGGUACAACAUGCGCACAGGGGCCAGAGGGAUUUUCCCAGCAUACUACGCCCACGAGGUUGUUUGCCAAACAAAAGACCUGAUGACAAUGAAGAGGAACCCUGCUUGGAUGGAAAGCUUCCGAGUGCAGUUCCUGGGUUCGGUGGAAGUUCCUUAUCACCAAGGCAAUGGCAUCCUGUGUGCUGCCAUGCAGAAGAUCGCUAUUGCAAGGAAGAGGACGGUGCAUCUUCAUCCCCCAUCUAUUUGUGAGCUGGAAAUAAGCCUGCAGGGUGUGAAACUAGUCAUGAGUUUGGAUGACGAGUACGACCUUUCAGGGGAGUUUGACAGAUGUAGUCACUUCUUCCAAAUGAAAAACAUCUCCUUCUGUGGAUGUCAUCCUAAAAACAACUGUUAUUUUGGUUUUAUCACCAAGCACCCGAUGCUGAACAGGUUUGCAUGUCACGUCUUCGUCUCUCAGGACUCCAUGAGACAUGUAGCUGAGUGUGUGGGACGGGCAUUCCAGGAGUACUACCAGGAGCACUUAGAGUACGCCUGUCCUACCGAAGAUAUCUACCUUGAGUAAAGGAGGAAAAGGGUAACCAUGGCAACUGCUGUCCCUCACGACAGAUGUCUGUUCCUGGGCUUGGCCACUACGAGGCGCCUGGCAGCCUUCUCAAAUGUAACAUAGGCCUCAUCUCUUUAUUCUCUUCCUCAGUUUCUCUUGUUCUCUUGACAUGAACUGAGCUGAAUACUUUACAUAUAGGCUCUUAGUGGUCUGUCUAUUUAUUUAAAUGUUUAUCGAUUCAUUUAAUCUCUUCACAGAGAUGGAUUGCUUGUUUAUUUAACUUUUCUACUAUAUAAUUAGGGACAUGGUUUUGGGGUGGAUACAUCAGUUCGAUUUCUUUUUUAUAUAUAUAUAUAUAUAUAUAUAUAUAUAGUCCUGGUGUAGAAAAGGCAAAAUAUGACUUCACAUGUUUGAUUGCAUGGCUUUGAGGGUUAUGCUCACAAAAACACAUACACACACGAGAGAUCUAACAAUGUCUAAAAGCAAAAGGCGAUCAGAGGUUUGAAUCUGAAGACCAGGAUUGUUUGUAAAUAUGUAUUUGUCCGAUUCUGAUACAUUGCUGAACUGGGUUUGUACUAAACAGGACAGGGCAGUAGGACGUGACCUGGAAUCAUUGAUAGGUCUACAGAUUGUCUGUUCCGAUGUAUUAGAAGGCUUACUGUACGUUUCUGAUUUUACCGCGAUGUAAAUACUGUAUAAAUAGAGAUAACUGUAGGUGAAUACAGAUGCUACAAUACAUCACGGUAUGCAAGUAUCCUGCGCCAUCUGUCUGCGAAUGAAAAAGUGGGACGGAUUGCAGGUCGGCAGGCUGGGUGUAGAUGGAUCUAAAGAUGGUUCGGUGAGUCUCAUCAAGUCAUAUCUGGAACAUAUUUGACCCCAAAAU